AUGAAGACACUUGUCCUCCUCUCUGCCCUUGUCCUUUUGGCCUUCCUGGCCCAGGCUGAUGCUCUCCCUGAAGCAACUGAGGAGACUAAAAAUGAGGAUCAGCCAGGGGUAGAAGACCAGAAUAUGUCCAUCUCCUUUGGAGGACAAGUAGGUGAUGCUCUUCAAGAUGCAGCCUCAAAAAAGCUCUUGACAUGCUACUGUCCAAGCCAAUCCUGCAAAAUACUAGAAUGCAUCAGUGGGGUUUGCACCAAUGGUAGCAAAACCUAUGUGUUCUGCUGCAGCUGA